AUGACUCGCUUCUAUGACAAGUAUGUUCUAGUUACUGGAGGAGCUGGAUUCAUAGGUUCCAAUUUUCUCGAGUACUUUGUACGAAAAUACCCCAACUAUCACUUUACAUGCAUAGACAAGCUUAACUAUGCGAGCCAAUGUUCUACUGCUUCUCUUUCAGUACUAAAAGGAUAUCCCAACUUCACUUUUAUCAAGCUCGAUUUGUCUGAGAGUUUUUCCGAGUUGCGGCAAUUGUUAGUAGAAGAUUUUCCGAUCAACCAAAUAACGGAUAUCGUGAAUUUUGCAGCUGAGUCAAGCGUCGACAAGUCGUUUUCCGACCCACUCUACUUCACCAGAAAUAACAUCCUUGUCACCCAGAACUUAUUAGAAUGUAUGCGUUUGCUUAAGCAACAAAAUCUGCAGAUACUGGUAAGACUAUUGCAUAUCUCAACCGACGAAGUCUAUGGCGACUCGGACAUUUUGAAUGAUGAACAAGGAAGACUUCUUCCAACAAAUCCUUACGCCGCCACCAAAGCUUCCAUUGAUCUUAUAAUACACUCAUAUCAGUGCUCUUACGAUCUACUGGUGACAAUAAUACGGCCAAAUAAUAUCUAUGGACCUCACCAAUAUCCUGACAAAAUUGUGCCAGUGACAAUCGAAAGAUUGACUAAAGGAAUAAAAAUCCCUAUUCAUGGGAUCGGUUCUAACAAGAGAAGAUAUUUGCAUGUUCAGGACUUCCUUGAUGCCCUUGAGUUGAUUUGGCAGAAUGAUGAGUCCAUCAACGAGAUCUACAAUGUUGGAAGCGACGAAGAAAUCAGCAACUUGUCGUUGGUGAAACUCAUUUGUCAUCUCUAUGAUAGAAAAUUGACAAAAGAACAGAUCAAUGAUAAAGUUCAGUUUAUCCCCGACCGGAAUUACAACGACAUGAAGUACUCCACUACGUGUGGCAAGAUCAAACUGCUUGGUUGGAAACCCAGAAUCAAGUUGGUGGAUGGACUCAGUUCUUUGUUAGUAGAGUAG